AUGGUGACACUGUUUUCCCUUGGUACGAUUGGUGCAAAGGAAUUUGGCCUGUUAUGCCUAUGGGCCGUAUCUCCUCUGGCAGGCCAAGCUUCGCUUCGCAUCAUAAACCUUAUAAAUAUUACAGAAACCACUAUUCUGGCCCCAUGGAUUACUUUCAAUUUCACGAGUAAUUUCCAGACAAUCGAGGAGGAUUUCGAACUUGCAAUAAACUACACAUAUGCGCUAUAUAAUGCUCGAGCGGGAAGUUCGGGGCUGAAGCAUCCGUGCGCUGACGAAAAUGCGCAGUAAGAUAUUUUGAGUCUUUUCAAAUUUCUAUUGAUGUGCUUUUCUUGUGUUUCUUCUCUUUGCGUAAAAGGCCUGGCAAACUAACAUCCUCGCUUACUCUAGACUUCUACUCCCCUCGCUACCGAGCAAUGGGUCUUUGGAACUUCCAGAAUGCAAUUCAAUUCGGCCAUAUUCAAACAAUCUUACGAGCCUUGUCGGCCAGAGAAUCGUGGGCCUUCUCGUCAAUCUUUCAUCUACUCCAGGAGUGGUUUCUCAAGAGACGCCGCUUUCACCACUUAUGUGGGAAGAUGAGCUGCUCACAUCCGUGGAAUUCGAGGUAGGCCAAUAUAUAUGA